UGUUCUUUUGUUUGUCAGUUAUCUCUACUGUCCUUUUUCAUCUGUAUUUGUGCAUGAUCGGGUAAGUCUUUAUUAUUUAUAGUGUGUAUUGAGAGAUCGGAGCUUUUUUUGUUUGGUCUUUGUUUGGUGUCCGGGAGGAAUGGCGUCCUCCGAGACGCCACCUCCGUCGAUCCGGCAGGGAGCGAGGAUCGUCCCGCCGGACAGUGACAGCACCGUGGAGGAAGUCCUCCUGGCGGUCGGACAGCAGGUCGGACACGACCAGCUGCUCUUCGCGUCUCGGAUGAACAGGGCCGUGGUGGUGUUCCUCAGGGACGAGCCGCAUGUCCAUCAGCUGGUCGAGAGCGGAGUGUUCAUCCGGGACAUCUUCGUGCAGGUGUCCCCGCUGUCAGCUCCCUCCACGCGGAUCACCGUGUCCGGGGUUCCUCCGUUCAUCCCCAACGAGCUGCUGGAGAACGAGCUGCGGAGGUUCGGUAAGUUGGCCAGCGGCUUCAGGACGCUGAGCCUGGGAUGUAAGGAUCCCAAACUGAGGCACGUCCAGUCCCUGAGGCGACAGGCCUUCAUGUUCCUGGACUCGCCCACGCAAACUCUGGAGGUGUCGUUUAGAGUCAAGCACGGUGACGGGCACUACGUGGUGUAUGCAAGCUCGGGAAGUGUGAAAUGCUUCGAGUGUGGAGACGUGGGACACAAACGCUAUGCGUGCCCUCACAGACAGGCGGCGUCCGGCUCCGCGUCCGCGUCCGGCUCCGCGUCUGGUUCCGCGUCUGGUUCCGCGUCCGGCUCCGCGUCCGGUUCCGCGUCUGGUUCCGCCGAUGCGGCGCGUGGCGCCGCUCACGCCGGGGCAGCGGCCGGUGACGCGGCCGGUGACGCGGCCGGUUCCGAGUCUGCGUCUGGUUCCGCGUCCGCGUCUGGUCCCGCCGAUGCGGCGCGCAGCGCCGCUCACGCCGGGGCAGCGGCGGGUGAUGCGGCGCCAGCGGCCGGUGACGCGGCCGGUCCCGAGUCCGCCUUGCCCAGUGGGCCUGGUGGGCUCGAGGUGGUGGAGGUGGAACAGACUCUGGCCGAGAGGCAGCAGGCGUCUGCGGCUGCAGGAAACCUGAGCAUCUCUCAGUGUGCAGGACCAUCACAAGAACAGGCAGCAGUCAGGACUGAAGCAGACAGAGAGCACGGUGUGACCCCCAGUGAAGAACAGGGGGGACCCACUAGUCAGGCACCAGCUCAGGGAGAUGACAUGGAGUAUGACUCGGGGUCAGACACAACAUCCGUUGGUGAAACUCCCGUCAAGAGUACUGAUCUCUACUCACUAGAGGAAAUUAACAACUUUCUAGAUGAGACUUUCAAGAAAUCAGUGAAAGUGAGCGAUCACUUCAGUGACAUUGAUAAAUUCAUCAGAUCUGUUAGUAUACUAAAAAGGGUGGUCGGGUUUGAUCUGUUGGAUGAAAAGAAACGCUUCCGACUUAAAAAGCACAUCACAGCUUUGAGGAAGGUGUCGAUAGUUCGACCUGUAAGAAAGACCAGGAAAUAGAACGAUCAUGCAUCACAUGGUGUUUUCUUCUAUUUACGUUUCUCUCCUUGUUUCAACUUGUUUCCUUUUUUCUGAACUCUUUAUGCGGAGCCUCAAGAUAGGAUCUUUAAACAUCAAUGGAGGGAGAGACAGACAGAAAAGGGCUCUAAUUUCUGAACUCUCGACACUAAAACAUACAGAUGUGUUGUUCCUACAGGAAACACAUACUACUCCAACAGACGAGACAGACUGGGG